AACAUUAAUUUUAGCUCUUAGCAAUCUUAGCAAAGAUUUCUUAGUUUUAGUUUCUCUGCUGCGAGUAAUCUUUGAAUAAGACACAUUAGUGCAAAGUGUUCUGUGUUCGAAACAAUCAAUCCUUGGACCGCUGAUCGUCGAUUCUUUUGAUUUUAUAUUGCACUAAAGAGAAAAGGUAGACCCAAAAAAUGUUUUCCAACAAUGAAGAAAAGAAACUAGAUUGGAUGUAUAAAGGUCCAACUGCGUUAGUCGACAGGGAAUCUUAUUUGCUUGGACGUUCUGUAGACAAAACUCUUGAAGAACUUAAUAAAGAGGAAGCAACAAAAACAGUUGAUAAACUAAUACUACCCCCUAAAAAUCAUGUUGAGCACGAGUGUAUCCCUCCAUCCAUUAGAGAUUAUAACAAAAUUGUAAAAAGUGAACAAGUUGAUUUACAAGCUAAACUCCAAGAAGAUCCGUUAGUUCUCAUCAAACGACAAGAAGAAGAAUCAAGAAGGCAAUUUCUCCAGAACCCUGUACAACUAAAAAAACUACAAGAAGCUAUGGAAACGCAACUUAAGAAACGUUCACAUCAUGGCAAAACGGACAAGAAAUUGAAGAAAAAGUUGAAGAAAUUGAGUAAACAAUUAGGGAAAAAAGAUGGCUACAAAAAGCUGAAAGUAUCCAGUGACAUGCUAGAGGAUGAAGAAAUAUUGGACACAAUAUUAAUGCAUAAAUUCAAUCUACUCAAGAAUGAACUAUCUGAAGAUGACUUGAAGAACAUCUUAUUAGGUGACUGUAGUGAAAGUGAUGAUUCAGAUGAAGAGAAACAAAAGAACAGGAAUAAAAAAUCUAAGUCAAAGUCUGAUGAUAGACAAAAUAUUAAGGUCAGUUCGUCUAGAAAACGCAAGAGCAGCAGUUCUCCCGAACGACAUAAAAGUACAAAAAAAGUGUCAGAUUUCAAGGAACGUGAAAAAUUAACUUCAAAGAAGCCAAAAGAUAAUGAUAAAAAAAGACUGACUGAAGAAGAAAAAGAAGCUCUUCGUAAAAGUAUGAUGGAGCGAGCUGCUGUUCGGAAUCUUGAAAGUGCCAGAAACUUCAAACGGUUUAAGGAUGAAUAUAAUAAACCAGAAAUUGUGGAAGAACACGAUAAAAAUUUCAUCAGGAAUGAACUACUAAAAUCAGCCAAUAGUAGUAGUGUUGCAGACAGAAUUAAGGCUAAUGUAAAUAAUAUUCAGAGAUCUAAAUUCUCAAUGGAAUCAAAUUUUCUGAAGUGAAGUCGAGGUGGAGCUGAAGACGGAAAAUAUAAACUGAAUUCUCCUGAAAUGUUACCUUAAUGACUAUGGUUGAGAUGGCAGGAGCUAUUAAAUAUUGUAAAAAAAUCAGCCUCCAUGGAAGAACAGUGUCAAUUAAUUACAUAGAUUUGAUGAAUAUUUGUAAUCAAAACUUAUGAAAUUGUGAAAAAUUAUAUAUUGAAACCUUUGUUACUGAUAAACAGAAAAUAUUGUAUGUCAUUUUGUAAAUAAUGAAUAGAAUGAUUUUACUAAAAAAUA